AUGGCAGUUUCAGCAGCUUCACCAAGUUCUCACGCCAGCAAGACCCAUCCUUAUGGCAGGGUAGGGAUAAUAUUGGCAGUCUUGUUUGUGGGGUUCUUGGCAUGGGCUUAUCAAGAAAUUAAGCCUCCUCCUCCCAAGAUCUGUGGCUCACCCGGUGGUCCUCCAGUCACAGCGCCUAGAAUUAAACUCAGAGAUGGAAGACACUUGGCAUAUAAAGAACAUGGGAUUCCCAGGGAUAGAGCCAAGUAUAAGAUAGUGUUUGUCCAUGGGUUUGAUUGUUGCAGGCAUGAUGUUGCCAUUGCUGCCACCCUCUCACCUGAUGUUAUUGAAAGUUUGGGCAUCUACAUUGUUUCCAUUGACAGACCUGGGUAUGGAGAAAGUGAUCCCAACCCAAACCAAACACAGAAGAGCUUACCUUAUGAUAUCAUGGAGCUUGCUGAUCAGUUAGGACUAGGUUCUAAAUUCUAUGUUGUCGGAUUUUCCAUGGGUGGGCAGCUUGUCUGGACCUGUUUGAAGUACAUACCUCAUAGAUUGGCUGGAGCUGCUCUAAUAGCACCAGUUUCAAAUCCAUGGUGGCCUGGUUUUCCUGCAAACUUGUCAAACGAGGUAUUCUACAAUGGACCUCCUCGGGAUCAAUGGACCCUCCUGGUUUCUCACUACACUCCAUGGCUCACCUACUGGUGGAACACUCAAAACCUCUUUCCUGCUUCAAGUGCAGUGGCUUAUGAGCCCAGCCUUUUCAACUCACAAGAUACACAACUCAUGGCUUCAUAUCUCGCCAAGAGAAAGGAGUAUCAAGGCCAAGUGAGGCAACAAGGAGGGUUUGAGUCCAUACACCGGGACAUGAUUGUUGGGUUUGGGAAAUGGGAAUUUGAUCCAAUGGAUCUGGAGAACCCAUUCCCAGGCAAUGAAGGUUGGGUUGACCUGUGGCAAGGCGAUGAGGAUGGGCUUAUACCUCUUCCUAUGCAGCGUUACAUUGCUCAAAAACUGCCAUGGGUUCGAUAUCAUGAACUUCCAGGUGCAGGUCACAUGUUCCCUUAUGUUGGUGAUAUGGGCAAUAAAAUUGUGAAGGCACUCCUACUCAAAGACUAA